GUGACGCAGUGGCGCGAUUUGAAGCGGCAGACGCGGGGACAGAGACAGACGCGGAGACUCCGAGACUCGAGACACAGACAGAGACACAGAGACACACAUAGACAGACACAGAGAUACAGAGACAGUGAGGCAGAGACACAGAGAUACAGAGAGACAGACACAGAGACAGAGAGACACACACAGAGAUACAGAGACAGUGAGGCAGAGACACAGAGAUACAGAGAUACACAUAGACAGACACAGAGACACAUAGAGACAGUGAGACAGAGACUUAGAGAUACAGAGAGACAGACACAGAGAGUCUGAGACAUAGAGAGUGAGAGACAGAGACACAUAGAGACAGUGAGACAGAGAUACAGAGAGACAGACACAGAGAGAGUGAGAGACAGACACAGAGAGUCUGAGACAGAGACGAGAGACAGAGAGACACAGGGACAGAGACACAGAGAGAAACAGAGACACACAGAGACUUAGACACAGAGAGACAGACACAGAGACAUAGAGAUAGAGAGGCACACAGACACAGAGACAGAGACACAGAGACAGAGAUACACAGAGACACAUAGGGUCUGAGACAGAGAAACAGAGAGACAGAUAGACAGAGAGAGUCUGAGACACAGAUACAGACACAGAGAGUCAGAGACACAGAGAGUCAGAGACACAGAGACACACAGACAUAGAGACACAGACAGAGACUUAGAGACACAGAGACACACAUAGACAUAGAGAGAUAGAAACAUAGAGACAGAGAGUCUGAGAGACACAGAGACACACUGAGGCUCAUAAAGACACUGAGAGAGACGGAGGGAGUUAGCAGACACACUGAGACAGUGAGGGACAUAGACACACAGAGACACACACCACGGAGACCUCUGGGGAAGAGGGAGGGCGGAGGCUUCUGCUCGUUGCCACGUGACGGGAGACGUCUCGGCCAUGUCGGAAGAGCAGCUCCGGCUGCAGGGCAACGUGCGCUCGCUGCAGGAGAUGCUGAGGCUCACGGAGCGCAGCCUGCACGGCCUGGGCCCACGCCGCCCGGCCAGCCAGCGCUCUGAGGAUGCAGAGAUCCCUGACCUGACCUUGGAUGACCUUUCGGAGCGACCCAUCGGCAGUGGCGCCCUCGACGACGACUGCCGCUCGCAGCGAGGUGGCAGCCGCGUGGUGGAGAGCGCGUCCACCAGCAAGAUGCCACCUGUAUCACGCGUAGAUGAGGAAAACCUGGAGCUGAGACGGAAGCUCAUCAGCCUGUGUUCGGAGAACUCUUCUCUGGUGAUGGAGAACCACCUGCUGCUUCAACAGCUCGAUAGCGCCAACGCUGAGAUAACGCAUUUGGAAGGUGACGUGACUGCCUUUGUGAAACGGUCUCGAGACGUGGAAGACAGGGUGUCAGGCUUGGAGUUAAGAUCCGCAGAGCAAGAUGCUAUGAGGAGGGCUGCGGAGGAAGCGUUGGAGUUGGCACAGCAGCGGGGUCAGCAGCGAGAGGCGGAGUGCGAGCGGCUCACGCGCGACGCCGAGCGACUGAGGGCCGAGCUCCGCGAGAGGACGGCGCGGACCAAGCAGGCUGAUGCGGAGAAACGUGAACUUUCUGAACAGCUGCAGGAGGUAAAGGCUUCGUUUCAAGGCUACCGGACCCAGUUGUCCGAGAGCCUCCUGCAGUACCGCAGCAGAGAGCAGUCCCUGGUGUCAGAGUUGAGCCGGGCCCUGUCGGAGUGCGCGUCGGUGAGCGAGCAGCGGGCUGGUGCGGUCUCCGACAACCACGAACUCACACUGCUGGUCAGUACUUUACAAGAAAACUGCCAGACCUUUGAGGCCGAGGUUUGCCGUCUGAAGAAGGAGCUGGAGACUAUGCAACCGUUGCUGGGACAGAAACCUUCAUCCUCAUGCAACGUGAAAUGUGGGCCUGAUGAAGAGGAUAUGCCACCUUCUGCCAGCCUCGGGUCACAUGACAUCACGGAGCUGAGGUCGCUGCUUUGCAAGAAAGAUCGUGAGCUGGAAGCGCUGCAGAGCGGUGCCCCGAGCAGUCGCUGUCCGGCAGCGCAGCGGAGCGCGUCGUCAACGCAGACGGACGACGACGCGAGGCUGCACGGGGACACGAUGGCCGAGGCGCUGCAGGAGCGUCUGCGCGAGGCGGAGGUCUCUGUGGCCUCCCUGCAGUCCCAGCUCUCGCAGGCGUCGUGCAGAGCCUCCCAGCUGGAGGCGCAGAAGAAGAAGGGGUCGAGUGAAAUGGCCGCGCUGUGCAGGCAGCUGGAGGAGAAGACCAUCGCCUUCAACGCCAGCGUUGGGCACUGCACCGAGCUGCAGCGCGAGGUGGAGAAUAAGACGCGAGCUCUGGGCAAGUUGGAGAGGCGCCUUCGUGAGCAGGCCCAGGAGCUGGAGAGAGCUGCUGGGAGCACGAGGGAGAAGCACGACGAGGAGGUGGCGGACCUGAAGCGACGCGCGGCAACGCUGUGCGAGAUGGCCGAGCAGGCCGAGAAGAGAAUGCAGAGGGCGCAGAACGAAGUUGCUGACCAUCGGCAGGCGCUGGAACGUGAAAAGUUGCGUGCACAGGAGCUACAGAUGUCCCUCGAGGACACGAGGAGGCAGCGGGGGAGCAGUGAGGAGGCGCUGGGCCUGGCGGAGCGCAAGCUCGUGGACGCCUCCGCCAAGGCUCUGGAAAUGGAGUCUGAACUUGCGACCAAGCAGGCGGAGCGUGUGCGCUGCCAAGAGAAGCUGCAGCAGAAUCAGCAAGAGCUACAGGCCAAGACGGAGCAGUUGGAGCUGCUGAACGGCGCCGUGGCCGAGGCGGAGGAGCAGGCGGGGGAGUUGCGGCGAGCUCUGCGCGAGCGCGACACCAUGCUGGCGCUGGGCGCCGCACGCGUCGAGGCCCUGGAGGAGGCACAGGCGCAGCUGCAGACGCAGGUGUGCGGCCUGGAGCAGAGUCUGCACGCGGAGCAUGAGCAGUCGCGCGGCGAGCAGGAGAAGAGCGCGAAGCAGCAGCGAGCGCUGCAGCGCCAGCUGCACGAGGAGAGGGAGCGGGGAGCCGCCCUCGCCAGCAGCGUCAGCGAGCUGCAGGCGGCCGUGCGCGACGGCCAGGAGGAGGUGGCGAGGGUGCGUGCCGAGCUGGGCAGCGCCAGGGAGAAGGGCAGCCGGGAGGGCGAGCGGGCGCUGUCUCUGCUGGCGACGCUCAAGCAGGCCGAGAACGAGCUCCGUCACAAGACGCAGCUGGCGACGGAACUGCAGGACAGCCUGGCGCGCGGCCUGCAGCAGGCGGGCGACACGGAGCAGGAGCUGGGGCGGGCGCGGGCCGAGCUGCAGCGCGAGCGCUUGGCGGCCGCAGAGCUGAGCACGGAGCUCCGCGCCACGGAGCGGCGCUUGCACGCGGAGCUGCACGAGAGGGACAGGCGGCUGCACUCGAUGGCGGAGAGUCACGGUCAACUGCGCGGCUCCCUGUGCGAGAGGGAGAGGGAGGUGGAGGAGCUGCAAGUGGAACUGGAGGAGCGCCAGCGGGAGCUCAUCGCCAGAGCCACGCAGCUGUCGGAGCUGGAGGGGCGAGUGAGCGAGCAGGUGGUGUCGCUCCGCACGGAGGUGGACGCAAAAGAGGAGCAGAUCUUGCAGAUGGAGGCGAGGUGCGAGCAGCUGAACACCCAGCUGAAGGAGCAGACGGCGGAAGGUGAGAAGAACCGUGCGCUCGUCAUCACCCUGCAGGCCAAGUCAGAGGAAAAGUCUCAAGCACUGACAAGCCUACGUGAGGUUUGCCUGCAGCUGCGCGCCCGCGCGGAAGGGUUUGAGUGCCGCCUCGUCAACUUGCAGAGGGAGGUGGAACGACUCCACCAGGAGAUCGAGGAGAGGGAGAACCUCAACAGAGAGAAGGACGAGCAGGUAUGGCGUCUUGCCGAACAGCUGGGAGCGUCGCAGGCCAGGGAGACGCAGCUGCAGAGCGAGGUGCAGCGAGAGAGAGAGCUGCACCAGCAGCAGCGAGCAGGGAGCAGCGAGCAGGGAGCAGGCAGCCGCCCUCGGCAAGAGGUUUCCGAUUUCCGUAGAUAGUUGGUCGUAUAACGGGGUCGACGAGGCCUUACGAUUCACGUGGAGCGGUGGACUUCACGGCUCGUCGACCGCACGAGGGCACCGCACCGCCACCGAGCACGUGGCCACGGAACGAUGAGAGCCUCUCUCACCCCGGCGCUACGACCACCCCACACGCAGCACGACGAGACUGUGAAGACUCCAAAUUAGACCAGUACGGUGGCGAGAUGUUAACUACCUCGCCCGCUAUACAGGAGGUCGUAGGUUCUAUCCCGACCCUAACCCCUGCUAUAUAUUUCGAGUUUGAAUGUCUCUAUCCCCGUGGUCACGUGGAUUUUUCUCUGGGCUUUUCCGGUUUUUCCCUCCACAUUUAGAAUCAACGCCACGCUUUUACAGUAUUUGGCUGCCCUAAAUUUCACGUGAUCAUAGUAUAAAAUAGUUUAUUGUUUAAGUCUCGAGACUUUUUUUUUGCCUGGUAUCCUUUUUGUCAGUAGUUCCUGGGAUACUUUUUUUCAGUAGGAGGCAAUGUUUCUGCGUGUAAUUCCAACCGAGUAAUUUGCAGGUGAUGUUUCAGUGUUGGAAUAUUUUGGGCAAUACCAGUUACAUUGAAAGAGGAAACCCUUACAGAACAGGAGGAGAACUCCACACAGACUCCAAAUGAAAGCAGUACGGUGGCGAGAUGUUAACUGCCUCGCCAGCUGUGCAGGUUUGUGAGUUCGAUCCCGACCCUAACGCCUGUAUAUUUGGAGUGUGCAUUUUCUCCCCGUGGUCGCGUGGAUUUUUCUCUGUGUUCUCCGAUUUUUACUUUCACAUUUAGACUCAACAUGCGUUUAGAGUAUUUGGAUGCUAUACAUUUCCACGUUAUCAGACAUUUAUUUGAGCUAUCAUUUGUGGCCAGGUCGCUUCUGACAUAGAGCUCAUGGGGCCUUACCUGAUGAAAUAAAAUAAAAUAAAAUUUUAGUUUUAGUACAGCGUCAUUGCCACAACUGUUCUUCACCUUUAUGUGAUGUCAUGUUGAAGCAACUUUGGAUUUAUUUGUAUUUGACUUGAGUAUUUAUUCACGGGAAUAAUAUUAAAUGUAAUUUAUGUCUGUAUUUGUAAAUAAACACGUUUGUUCUUGACUUAGUUUGUUCACAGUCUUUGAUGUUUCAAAUUCAGGUAUUUGCAAUUAAUAUUACAAAACAACACAUGCGUCUUUGUUUUUCAAAUAAAUAAAAUAUAUUUAGCUAUUUUCUAAAAUA